GCCAAGUGUAUCCCAUACAUCAUUCAUCAAUUGAAUAGUUCAUCUUUAUCAACAUGUUUUGCAAAGUCGUUGUUCUUUGUGCUUUCGUAGCGGUUUCAUCCGCUGGACUUUUACCUGCCCAAGGGCACUACUCUUCUGCAGCGGCCGUCUCCUCCCAGAGCAUCGUUCGCCACGACCAGCCCCAGGCCUACGCCGCUCCCGUCGCUAAGCUCGCCGCUCCCGCUGUGUAUCACGCCGCCCCCGCCUCCGUGUAUCACGCCGCGCCCGCUGCCGUGUACCAAGCCGCUCCCGCCCAAGUAUACCACUCUGCCCCCGCCCCCGUCGUCUACCACGCCGCUCCCGUGCACUACGCCGCCCCCGUCGCUAAGGUCGUCGCUCAGCCCGAGGAGUUCGCGCACCCCAAAUACGACUUCUCUUACGCUGUGUCCGACCCCCACACCGGUGACGACAAGCAACAGCAGGAGAGCCGCGAUGGCGAUGUCGUGAAGGGCUCCUACUCGUUCCACGAAGCUGACGGCUCCAUCAGGACCGUGGAGUACACCGCUGACGACCACAACGGCUUCAACGCGGUCGUGCACAACAGUGCUCCCACCGCCGCCCCCGUGGUCUACAAGCAAGCUGUCACCCCCGUCGUCUACAAGCAAGCUGUCGCUCCCGUUGUCUACAAGCAAGCUGUCGCUCCUGUCGUCUACAAGCAAGCGGCCUCUCCCGUCUACGCGCACGCCGCUCCCGCUCAUCAAUACUACCAUUAAAUAAUUUCCAUAUGUCUCUGCAUUAGCUUAUCAAAUGAUUGUUGGUUAUUUAUUUAUUCAAAUAUACAAUUAAGCACAUAA